AUGGAGACUUCGGAUGGUGAGAAAAUGCCUGCGAGAUCAAGAACCUCAUGGAGUCCUGAAGAAGACAACAAGCUGAAAGCCUACAUUAAGCGAUACGGCAUUUGGAACUGGAGUCAGAUGCCUCAAGCUGCCGGUUUGACACGAUCUAGAAAAAGUUGCAGGCUCCAAUGGAUGAAUUACCUUAGGCCUGACACUAAGCGGGGGAACUUCAGCCAAGAAGAAAAAGAAACUAUAGUUAAGUGCCAUGAACUGCUGGGGAACCGUACUGAUCCUCUAGUUGAAGAUGUUAUAAACCAAUACAUGAUAGAUCAGGACGAGAUCAAUUUUAGUUCUUCCAACGCAUCUGAAAUAAUCCAAAGUAUAUGGGAGCAGCCACAUUUUUCAUUUCAGGACAUAUUCAUGCCUGAAACAGACCCUGAAUUUAUGGCUCCAACUACUGCGAGGUGGCACCAAGAGCCCAUGUAUUCAGAUGUUUGCUAUGAUACUGGGUAUGAUUUUUGGGUCGAUUAA